ACUUACAGUUUAGUUAUCCUCCCUCGUGUGUUCAUCGAUAUAAAGCAACUCACACGUGAAUUGUCCCAAAAAUGAAAUUGGGUACAAAAUCAAGUUACUCGCUGUCGUAGUCGCAUUCAUGGAGUCAACAGCAGCUUCAAAGCCUAGUCCGGCUAAAUCAGAAUGUUUACUACCUCGUAUCUCUCAGUUUAAGAUAGCUUUGUGCCAAUUACUGGUAACUACUGACAAAGAUAUCAACUUGGAUCGCGCUCGAAACAUGCUGGAGGAAGCUGCUAAUAAGGGUGCCAAGCUUCUUGUUUUACCUGAAAUGUGGGUGUGCCCCUAUUCACAUGAACACUUUACUAAGUGUGCUGAAGAGCUUGAUAAAGAGGAAUCAUCUCAAGCUUUUCAUAUGUUAUCGAAAGUUGCUAGUAGUCGUAAGAUCACAAUAGUCGGGGGGUCGAUUCCAGAGAGGAAAAAUGGUAGAAUGUAUAACACAUGUUGUGUGUUUGGACCGGAUGGAAAGCUCAAAGCUAAGCAUAGUAAAAUGCACUUGUUUGAUUAUUAUGAACCUGGAGCUUCGUUUAAGGAGUCGGAUUCAUUCACUGCUGGCGACACACCUACAGUUGUGGACACAGAUGUAGGCCGCAUUGGGAUUGGUAUUUGUCAUGACAUACGCUUUCCAGAGCUUGCUAUGUUGUACAGGGAAAAAGGUGCUGACUUGAUUGUCUAUCCUGGUGCAUUUAACAUGAGCACUGGAAAAAUGCUCUGGGAAUUAGAAACAAAAGCCAGGGCAAUUGAUAACCAGGUGUUUGUUGCUGUUUGUUCACCAUGCCGAGAUUCAGCUGGAUCUUACACAAUUUGGGGUCAUUCCAUGAUUGUUGCUCCAAGUGGUGAAACAAAAGGUAGAACAGAACAUGAAGAGAAUAUUGUAAUUGCUGAUGUUGAUUAUGCAGAAAACCGACUUCAGAGAGAGCUCUUCCCUAAGCUGAACCAACAUAUGGAAGAUCUAUUCAAAUUUUUGGAUACAGAACAGUUGAAAUUCGCUAACUAUGCCAAGUCUUGUAGUGCCUCAUGACUUAGCUUGUACAUGUAAAAGCUUAUUUUAGCCUGAUGCUGGCGAGAUUUUAGCCUGCAGAAAAGUUGUACUACUAUAUAACAAUUGCUGUGAUUUCUUUUCUGUUAAAACGAGUUAGGGUAAUUCU